AAUGCCCUGUAUAGUGAGUAGGGAGUGAUUUUGGAUACAGCAGCGUGCUUGCCUUCUUAUCUCAUUGCAUCUCGAGCGAUAGUUAAGGAGAGCGUGUCAUCAUGCCAGGUGUUCUGCUAGGAGAUGUCUUUCCUAACUUUGAAGCAGACACUACUAUUGGCAAGAUAAAAUUUCACGAAUUCUUGGGCGACUCAUGGGGCAUCCUGUUCUCUCACCCACGUGACUUCACCCCUGUAUGCACAACGGAGCUAGCUUGUGCUGCUAGGCUCAGUGACGAGUUUAAGAAGCGGGAUGUGAAGAUGAUUGCUCUGUCUAUAGACAGUGUGGCGGAUCAUUGUGCAUGGAGCAAGGAUGUGGUGGCGCUUCACUCCGAGACAGCAGGCAGUCAUCUGCCAUUCCCCAUUAUAGCAGAUGAUAAGCGAGAGCUGUCUGUUCUUCUGGGAAUGCUGGAUCCUGAUGAGAGGGACAAAGAUGGCAUGCCUCUCACUGCUCGCUGUGUGUUUGUUAUUGGGCCUGAUAAGAGGCUGAAGCUGUCCAUCCUUUAUCCUGCCACCACGGGGCGCAAUUUCACCGAAAUCCUUCGGGUCAUUGACUCUCUGCAGCUGACUGCAAACAAAAAGGUGGCUACACCUGUGGACUGGAAGUCUGGAGAGGAUGUGAUGGUCAUCCCCUCUCUCUCGGAUGAAGAGGCCAAGAAGCUUUUCCCUGCUGGAUUCACCACCAAGGAACUGCCUUCUGGGAAAAAGUACCUACGCUACACCCCACAGCCAUAAACAGCAGGCAUUUCAAGAAAAUAAACAGUGCACCUGUUUUCACUAAUGGUUCACUUUUUUUUUUUUUUAAACUUAAUUUUGUCAACUCAGCAUUAUGGGGCUUGUAUUGCUCAUAAUUAAGACAUUCACUUAAAUCAUGGAAUGUACCUCACUCUAAAAUAGUGCCUUGCAUACAAUAAAUUUUAUUUUUGGCAAAUUA